GUUGUAAAACCUUGAUCAUACCAGGUUUGCGUGAGUUUGGAGGCCAGAUAGUUCUGGUGCGUUCCCAACAUACACGUCGUCCGUGCCGCGUAAGCCGAGAGAGUGAGGGGAAAUCGCACUAUACCCUCACAUUUAGUGUUGCUGAGGCUGGAGUUGGCGUGGAGGAUGCACGCUCCCUAGCAGGCGAGCGCCAGCGACACCCUGCGACACCUGCAGGUUCGAGACCCGGCGGAAUCCCCUGCCGCGCUGAAACGGGGCCUACACUUUGGGGUCCCAUAACCGGAAACAAAGGCGCGCGCGCGAAGACGCCGACAUGACAGGAGCUAGCGGUAAUGGCUCGAAAGCCAGUAAAUGGAUUGAUUUACGAAGCGACACGGUGACCCGGCCGACACCGGGCAUGAAGGCGGCCAUGAUGGACGCCGAGGUGGGGGACGACGUGUGGGGAGAUGACCCGACCGUUAACGAGCUACAGGCCUACGCGGCCCAGCUGUUCGGCAAGGAGGCGGCGCUGUUCUGCCCCAGCGGCACAAUGACCAACCAGAUAGCCAUCAAGGUCCACACGCAGCCGGGGGAUGAGCUCAUCUGCGCCGACAACGCACACAUCUACCUAUACGAGGGCGGCGGCAUCGCAUUCAACUCGGGUGUGCAGCCCAAGCUGCUGCCUAGCGACCGCGGCCGCAUCUCCGCCGCCCAGAUCGCUCAGUCCAUCAACAUGGAGGACUCGCACUUCCCCACCACUCGGCUGGUGUGCCUGGAGAACACGGCCAACAAGGGCGGAGGCGCCUUCUACAGCCUGGAGCAGAUGCAGGCCAUCUCGACGCUGUGCCGGGAGCGCGGGCUGCGGCUGCACCUGGACGGGGCGCGGCUAUUCAACGCCUUCGUGGAGGCCGGGUACGGCCCGGGUCAGGUGGGGCCGCUGUUCGACUCCAUCUCCAUCUGCCUGUCCAAGGGGCUGGGCUGCCCGGUGGGCUCACUGCUGCUGGGCACUGCAGACUUCAUCCGCCGGGCACACAGGAUCCGCAAAGUGCUGGGCGGCGGCAUGCGGCAGGCUGGCUUCCUGGCGGCUGCGGGGCUGUACGCGCUGCAGAACAACGUGGAGCGCCUGCGUGACGACCACCGCCGUGCCCGCCGCCUGGGGGCGGUGCUGUCGGCUCUUCCGUACGUGGGCGCGGUGGCGCCAGUGGACACCAACAUCGCCAUCUUCACGCUGGCGCAGGGCUGGGACGCCAAGGCGAUCGUGGAGUCGCUCAAGAGCCGGCACAUCCUCAUUUCCACAAUGGCACCCGGGGUUCUCCGCCUGGUCACGCACCUGGAUGUGGGUGAUGAGGACAUCGACGCGGUGGUGGACGCGUUGCAGCAGCUGGCGGCCACAGGCGAGGGCAAGGCGGCGGCGGAUGGAGCCACCGCCGGGGGCAAGGCGGGCGGCGGUGCCGUGGGCACGCAGGGCGGCUUGAACGGCUCGGGUGGGUGCGGCUACGGUGCCAGUCCGGCGGCGGUGGCGAGCGGCGCGGCGGCGCCGGGCGCAAACGCCGGCACGGGCAGCAGCGAGUAAUGGUUGCUGAAGUAAGGAGUAUUAUGGCUUGUGGUGACAAUAUGGUAUACGCCCGGUAGAGCUUAGGCAGGCAGCAGGCUAGGCAGCUGUCCUAGACAGCUUGGUGUUGAAAGGUGGAGGCUUGGUGUUGGGGAUCGUGCAAGAGAAGAGAUGGAGAGCGUUGCGUGAGUUUGUGGUACGGUAAGAGGCAACGAGAGCUGUGGGCUUCUUAUUCACGUCAGUUUUAUGUGUAUCAAUGUGGAUGGCUGGGUGCAUGGAGCGGCGUGGGGCUCUGCGCCAUGCUUGUGAGUACCCGCGCACCGUGGCCGGCCUAGCAGACGGGUCCGACUGUCCGUGGCCUGCGGCUGUAUCAUAGACCACUUGGUGCACGGCAUAUAAGGCCCUGCGGGUUACAGAGUCACUGGCGGCCACGCACGUCAACACGGGACCGCGUGGUGCCUGCAAUUUCCGGUGGACAACUCUCAAGUUCGGAGGGGAUUUCAUUAUAUGAGCCGUUGUGGCGGCGCACCCGCCUCGAGGCAGACCGGCACAGAUGACAGCUCCGGUAUUCGUUAACCGGUGUGAGAUGGAGCUUUGUAACUUAUAAGUAUGUAAAACGCAGUGCGCAG